GAGGCUACAGGAGGAGACAGCACGCAGGCAACAGCUCAUCGAGAAGGAAGUGAAAAUGCGAGAGAAACAGCGAUCGCAGGCCCGACCUCUGACCCGCUACCUCCCGGUCAGAAAGGAAGACUUUGACCUGCGAACCCACAUCGAAACAGCUGGGCACAACGUGGAGACCUGCUACCACGUGUCCCUGACGGAGAAGACAUGUAGAGGCUUCUUGAUCAAAAUGGGCGGCAAAAUUAAAACCUGGAAGAAGCGUUGGUUUGUCUUUGACCGUAACAAACGGACUCUGUCCUAUUAUGCAGAUAAACAUGAAACCAAAUUGAAAGGAGUGAUAUACUUUCAGGCAAUCGAGGAGGUCUAUUAUGACCAUUUGAAGAAUGCACACAAGAGUCCCAAUCCCCUGCUCACCUUCAGUGUGAAGACAAGAGACCGAAUCUUCUACAUGGUUGCACCGUCGCCUGAGACCAUGAGAAUUUGGAUGGAUGUCAUUGUGACAGGGGCUGAAGGUUAUACACAGUUCAUGGUUUAGGGAGAACUUCAUAUCACUGUAACCUCAUUUAGCAUGCAAAGUUUAUAUAUAUAUUUAUAUAUAUGUAUAUGAAAUGAGAAUCACCCUCCAAACCACUGCCAUGGCUUUAUGUUAUCUUGAAGGUUUUGACAAUUAUACAGUUUUAAUCAUUAAACUAACAAAUUAUUUUACUGACAUUGCUGAGAGUUUCUGCUGGUAGCAGAUCCAGUGCAGCUGUUGGCAAGUGUAUGUAUGUGCCAGGUAUAUGUGCCCAGAUAUCUGUCUCAGUGCCAAGUAUUUGUGCCUCAGGUGUGUGUUUUGGUGCCCAGGUGUGUGAGCAUGCCUUCUGAGUAAUCUCCCCUGGGCUCUUGAGUGCCCUUCACAAGACCCAAAAGAUGAUGAUCCAGCUUUAAAGUGGCUCAACAGUAUUCAAAGGACAUUCUUGUAUUUUUGAUACAGUAUUAAAAUGGUUAGCUGGUCUACGUUAUACAGAAUAAGAUCGUGUUUAUAUAUUUCGAUUUAUAACCUCCGCUUGCAAGGUCAGCCUUUCCUCUUGUAAUCUCCAAUCAGACUCCAGGCCCCUGAGUAAACUGGGUUCCUGUCAACAGUACAUCGGCCCUUCAAGUGAAAUUGCCAGGAUAUAACAUGACCAAGAACAAUGCAGUUAGAACUGCAUUGCGAGAUGGUGUGUGCACACAGUAAGCACAGACUUUGUUUCCCCAAUAAUGAUUUCUUUUAAAAA